AUGGAAUCUGACGACGACGACAACGGCAAUCCAGCCGACGUACCCAUGGACGACGAGGAAGCCACGGAUGAACUGCCUCGCCGACCAUUCCGCGCGCAAGAUCCUACGAGUGUGCUCUGCGGCAGUUUCCCUGAAGGCAUCGAAAUGGACGACGUCAUCGCCCCGGAAACGUGGCAGAAAAGCAAGGCAGCAGAGGCCAAAUACAUCGCCGAAUUCAUGCGGGACAACUCGGACCGACUGCGCGCUGCGGAGCGGCCGCCAGAUUGUACUGUGGCCAGCGACGCAACUUGCAUGCGCCCCGCCGCGUCGCUGGCAGCGGCAGACCGGCAAUCCGAGUUUUUCAAGAUGGUGGACGCUUGGAAAGCAGACUCUCACUUUCAUCGACACAAGUCCCCGCAGCCAGCACCCGAUGCACUUGAGAGACGACUUCGCGCUGCAAUGGCUACCGGCGACGCGUCGACGUUCCCCCCUGUACCUCCGCGCACGAGGACGGCAGUGGUCGACGCGUGCCUACACCUUCUGCAUAAUGGAGUCUUGGAUGUAGUGGACAUGGAGCGCGUGAACGUCAAACAGGCCCGCGCUUUGCUCUGGAACGCGGCAUGGCUACAAGAUGUCAUGAACCGCAGGUGGGGCUUCGAUGAGCCCACGGGCCCAACGGCAACUGGACGCCCUUCACUCGCCGAUGGUUUUCAGCUGGCUCUUAUGGGUCCAGGCGGUACUGGGAAGACGGCGGUGCUGAGAGUCGUGGAAGCGGUGAUCUGCUACUUCAACGGACCCGACACGGUUCAGAAGUGCGCGCCGUCGAACUCCGCCGCGAGGCUUCUCAAGGGUGACACGCUGCGCGCUCUCUGCAAGCUGCCGUUCGGCAACGUCACCGUGACGGGCAAGAAGGGCCGCUUGACCCGAUCUGUCUUAGAACAGCAUCGAGAUCGAUGGGAGUGUGCUCUCGCGUGCUUCAUCGACGAGGUGUCCAUGGUUGCUGCGGCGCAACUCUUCCAGUCGGAGGUCCGAUUGACAGCCGCGAAGAAUUCCGCUCAGGCAUGGGGCGGCUUGGGAAUGACGUUGUCCGGAGACUUCAUGCAGCUCCCGCCAGUAGACCCGACGGGGGACAGCAGGAGCCUCGCCACAGACCCAGACGAAGUCGACGUCCUCAAUGAAAAAGGCCCAGACGCCACAACGAAGGACGCAGACAAGAAGAGGUCCAAGCACGUGGAAACAGUGCAGGGGCUUCAACUCUGGCGGAGAGUGCGACGGGUUGUGACGCUAGACAUUAACGUCCGGGCCCCUGGCCCUCUCAGUCAGCUGCUUGGAGAGAUGCGUGCUGGCCACAUUUCUGACGAGAUGUGGGCCUUAUACACCAAUCGCAUUCUGUCUUCCAACGACACUCGACCGCUGGACCCGGCGUCUCCAUUUGCAAUGCACCCGUGGACGUACAUCGUGCACAGACACAAGAUUCGAGCUUAUCGGUCCAUGCAAAAUGCGCGACAGCAGGCUUUGCGCACGGGGCAGCGCGUGUACGUCGUCCAAGCCCGGGACGAGCCAGUUCACCCAGGGGACUCUAGGAAAAUGACAAGCGACGUCCGCCGGGCACUCCUUCAGAAAGUAAGCCCGAAAGACACGCAGGACCUGCCCAGCUUGCUGCCCCUCUACGUCGGCAUGCGCCUGACCAUGUACUCGAAGGAUUGCGUGCGAUUGGGACUGAUGAAGGGCUGCGUGUGCACGCUUCGACAUAUCGUCUUCGCCGACGGCGAGAGUUUCCCCGCGGACUCCCUGGACGACAAUGUUGUGCACCUGCAGUACAUGCCGAUCACGUUAUGGUUGCAAGCGGACGGCGCUGAGUGGACGCUUCCAGCGUCAGACUUGCCCGCAGACUUGCCAACGUGCACUGACAGACAGGGGCUCUUUCAGAUGCGGCCCACCUACGGAUACCUCCGCGCCACGUGGGAAGAGGAGAACUUUUCUGCACUGUUGUUCGGCAUUGUACCCAAAGAACCGUCCCCCACUACGGGCGUGCAACAAGGUGGCACGUACCCAGCAGUGGUGGCCGACAUGAAAAAGCCACCGUCGAUGGACGCCGACACGCACUGGCUCGCUUGCUACGUCAUGCUGUCGCGGCCCGUCUCCGUGGAAGGCUUGCUCAUCUUGCGCCCAGCCACGAGGCGGGAAUUGUCCCGACCGCCUCCGAAAUUCAUCCUCGACGAAAUUACCCGCCUUGCUGACAUGGAGACGGCGUCGCUGGACGAAUUGAUUCAGAUCCUGCAAGAUCUGAAGGGGGAACCGUUCCCGCCUGAGAUCUUGGAUUCAGUUCUUGCUCAGGACGGCGCCGCCCGGCAGUCCGCCGAGGUAGCCGAAUAUCGGAGAGCCGGGCCAGCGCUCCGCACAGUUUCUCGGCGCACGCGCGGCAAAACGACGCCACCUGCGCCCCUGUCGAGAGUUGGAGACGCGGCGGGCGCGGGCGAGGAUGCUGCAGCGCAGGCGACGCCACCGUCCUCGGCGCCCCCGCUGAAGAAGCCGCGGCUGCCAAACAUGGAGACGGCGCGCGCGUCGACGCCGCCCACGGUGAACGCCUCCGACGCCCUGCUCCGAGUGCGGAGAGGCUGGAUGCACGCCACAUUCCCCCACGUGCGCCUUCUUCUUGAUCGCGCCACGGUGCGAGGCUACCUCCACUUUGCCGCGGGCUCGCGGGACCCCGUGUCCGGCAUCGACGAACUUGCGCAACUACUGCGCGAAUGGAAAGUGUGGAAUAUGGAGCUGGCGGAGAUUGCCUCUACCACAGUGUCGCGGGCGUCCUCGCUCGCAUGGUGCUCCACGGAGGGCUCCAACGCCACAAUGCAGCACUUGCGGGCCAUCUCCGCCUCGAUAUACAGCCAGUGGGCCCCCGAGCAGGUGCUCGACUUCGUGGUCGCUGCAGCCAUGCAACAGCGCAGCAACGCCCAUCUCGACGAGUGGGACCCUGCAGCGUUGCUGUCCGACUUCUGCUUCGAAUGCCUUUUGCACGCUGAAUGCGUCCUGGCGUUUGAAGAGCAAGAUGAUGGCGACGCGCUCGUUCGCAUCGCGUACACCCAGGCGCACUCUGGAGCAGGCGCCAGAGAAGAGCGCAUUACGAGAAUACCUGGCGGAGUCGCCAACCUAGCCCAGGAGCCUUGCACCUCCCGCUUCAGUAUACUUUCUGUGGUCAUGUUGCUGCUGAUCCAGCGCGUGCAGCUGGCUGCGGCAACGGGGCAGGGAGGGCAAGCGGGCACGGAAGGGGCGGAGUCGCCGAGGGCCGGUCAGCCGGACGCGGCAGAGGGCUGGUGGCAGAGCGGAGCGACUGCGUGCGAGUGCCGCUUCCGUUGCCUACCCUGGUGCUCCGAAUGCGCGCGAGGUCCAGAAGACGUUCCAAAGGCGUCCGGAAAGAGGCCGAAGGACAACGCCAAAGAGAAGGUUGAGGAGAAAGCCAGAACGGACAGGCCGAAGCAGAACGCCAAAGAGAAGCGGCGGCGGAAGGGGGACGCGAAGGGCGAGGAGGACGAGGUACCCUCGGAGGACAUCGUCGCUGCCCAGAAGCUGCCGGCGAAGGACGCCGAAGGGGAGGAGCCCCCGCCCGAGGCCGCCGAGGCGCCCAGCGGCGACGCGGCCGCGGCGGAGGGCGCCGAGCAGGCUCCGGGAAGGCUGGCCGCAGCCGUCGCCGAGGCGGCGAAGCCCCCCGCCCCAGCCGUGCGCGCCCCGGGCUCCAAGGCCUCGCGUGUGGUGUGGCUCGGCGGGUGCGCCCUGGGGCUCGGCGUCCUGGCCUGCGGCGCGCCCACGGCGGCCCACGCCGCCGUGGGCUCCGCGGUGGCCGCGGCGGGCUCCGGGCUGUGCGCGUGCGUGCGGGCCAGGAGGAGGAGAGAGUCGCUGCGACCAUCCGCCGCGGCCGUGCAUCAGCUGCAGGCGCUCUUGCAGGCCACCAACCACGGGGUCGCCAUACCCGCGCCGGCGUAG